GGCCCUGGGCCAGUGUGGAGGCAGCUCCCAGCAUCAGGCCACACAGGCCUACUCAGGAUGGCCAUACAUGCUUCCCCAUCUGCACAAUGGCUGGCAGGUAGAUGAGGGCAUCCUUUUGAAGGAAGAACACAUGGUCAUUAUUCAUUUUGGACAAGAGUGGGACCCCACUUGCAUGAAGAUGGAUGAGGUUCUGUUCAGCUUGGCUGAAAAAGUAAAUGGUGUUGGUGUCGCUUGUGCACUGUGGCAUCCUCUCUGA